CAUGUGUACGUGAAAGUGAGAGGGUCGCGUCUGGCAGCGGCGAGCCCAGAGGAGGCGGGGCUGCGGGACCUCCUUGAAGUCCUUUUCUUCUCGCAGCCGCAGCUGCCUUGUGGCAAGCGUCCAAACGUCCAGUCAUUCUCCAGACUUCAAUUGGUGGAGUCACGUUGACUUCCCAGCGCUUGGACAUCUAUCGUAGUGACGGUCAUGUGAUGUGACUUGAGCGGAUGAGUGCCUCGUGUUACCGCGUUGUGGUGGUGGCUGUGGCUGUGGUAGUGGGAUGUGUCACUGCAAGCCCCCUGCAGCAGCCGCCACCCGAGGAAGCAUGUCCUCUACGUAAUUCUUGUCAGCAUCGCAAUGACACAUCAUAUAGAGAAGAUCCGUGUUACUGUGACUCUCUUUGCAACUCCUACGCCGACUGCUGCCACGACUCGGAGUACAGGAACGCCAGUCUGCAAACACGUGACGAAAACAGUGGCUUGAGGUGUGUUUCUGCCGCAGAUGAUGAUGAAGUGUACGCGAAGGUGACGUGUGGGGAGGGGUGGAGUGACGUGGAAGUUGAGGAGUUGUGUGUGGGCGGGGGUGUGCACACAGACCCCAUCUCUCGCCUGCUCGUCACCAGCACCACCACAGGGCACACCUACCUGAACUAUCACUGCGCCAUCUGUAACAACGACAUCCACGGCCUUCGCAUGUGGACGGCCAGCCUGUUUUGUGACCUGCCCCCGCACGCCGAUGUUGACAAGAAGGAUCUCGUGUUCCGGAAUGACACUUGGGGCGUCUUUUGGGGAGAUGCAGAGUCCCGGGAGCAUCGUCCGUGCUUUGUGUCCUCGAAGAUGCCGCGCGAUAUCAAGAAUCUGACGAGGAGUUGCUCCAACGCAGUCAGCACGUGCAGCAACGACUGGCAGGACGAGGAGGUGGCGGCACAGUGCCACACCUACACUGCCGUGGUGUAUGAUGACUCUCAUCGCUACAGGAACCCUCACUGUGCCAUCUGCAACAAUAUAAGCGACUUUGCUUGCUAUAAGAUAUACACUAGAGUUAACAGGCCCUUUGCUCUGCUGUUUGACUUCACGGAUCCCAGCGGAGGCAACCUAGUGGGCUCGUCGUCCCCGUGCAACGCCACACAGGUCUGGGAUCCUUUCUUCAAGCGGUGCAGGAGCAUCGUGUGUCCCAAACCUGGCCAAGACUACAGGUACGGCAGGUGUGUGACCUUGGGUGAUGCCAACUCCAAUGAAGGAAAUUUAUCCACCCCCGCGCCCACCACUGCCGCAAACACCACCAACGAAACUGUUAUCAGUGACAACAACAGUACAACCACCAGCCCCAUCAACACCACUGCCUACCCCAUCACUGACAAUACUACUAGUGUCACCACCAACACCACCACUACCAACCCUGAAAGUCUCCCCUUCAACACAACUACCACCACCACCAGCCCUGACACUCUCCCGUCCAACAUCACCACCACCACCACCACCACCACUACCAGCCCUGAAAGUCUUCCCUUCAACACAUCCACCACCACCAGCUCUGACAUCCUCCCAUCCACCACCACCACCACCCCUAACACCCUCCCCUCCACCACCAAUGCGACAGAGGUGCCCAGCACAACGCACUCCCCUGGAACUAACCUCAAUAUUAAGAACCCGAUUGUCUUCCCCGAGGAUCCCCCCACCACACAGCAGGUCCCUACCACGCCUGAACACCCAAUUGUCUUCCCCGAGGAUCCUCCCACCACGCCCCUACAAGAUGUUCCCACGAAUACCUCCAGCCUCACCUUCCCAACCACCACGCUCCCCGACACCACCCUGGACCCUGAAGCUGAGGUCUUCACCAACUACAGUAAAGAAUUCCUUGAGUGUCUGAAAGUGCUACUCAACGAGGAUGACUUCGUUGAGCUUUCCAACGGCACCGUGCACGUGCCAGUGUAUGGCCGCACCUACAGCCCUCAGGAUUACCAGAAGUACGGUGAUGGUGGCCUGGUUGUGUGUCAUAUCAUGGAGGAAGCUUCCGCCGAGACACGUAAAUUCUCCGAUGCCCUAGGCUGGGUGUCACUGGUUGGCCUGAGCCUCUCCUGCUUGUGCCUUCUGCUCCAUAUGUCAGCCUUCGCUCUCCUGCCGGAGUUGAGGAACCCUUCUGGCAGGAACCUCGCGUCGCUGUGCCUGGCGCUGCUGGCUGCCUACAUCACCAUGCUAGUCAACAUGGUGUCGAGGACGAGAGCCACAGGCUGCGUUAUUCUGGCGGUGGCCAUGUAUUACUUCUUCGUGACUUCCUUCACCUGGAUGAAUGUGAUCGCCUUCGACGUGUGGUACACCUUCCGUCUGACUCAGCGGCAGCUGCGGGUGUCGAGCGGAGCCCAGUGGCACAGGUUCAUUGCCUACUCCCUGUACAGCUGGCUGCUGCCUGGGGCCGCCACGGUAGUCCUGGUGUUGGUGGACCAGAUAGAGCCAAGUGGCUUGCCUGAAGAGCUCCUGCCACGCCUGGGAAAGACGUGGUGCUGGUUCAGCCACCGCAAGGCGCUGCUAGCAUUUUUCGCGGCGCCCAUGAUGUUCCUCAUCGUGAUGAACUUUGUUUUCUUCGUCAGCACCGCCGUCAUCAUCACGCAGACCAGCAGCACGGCGGCGGCCUCCUCGGCGCGGGGCAACAACCCUCGGGGCCAGUACAAGAUGUACCUGAGGCUUGGGGUGCUGAUGGGCUUCACUUGGGUGAGCGGCAUCGCGGCGGGCUACUUGGACUUGGAGGCGCUGUGGUACGUGUUCGUGGUGCUCAACACGUUGCAGGGUGUCUUCAUCUUCCUGGCCUUCACUUUCAGGACCAGGGUAUGGCAGGGCAUGGGCGCCACAUUAACCAAAUUGGUGCAGCGAGGCCUGUCCAAAGUGACACGCCGCUCCCCGCCGCCUGACAUCCAAGGCUUUGAGUUGAGCCACACGCCAGAGACCACAUCCGCCUCCUGCUACACGCCUAGCAACUCCCUGGAGGACUACUGAUGCGGCACCACCUCAGCUCUCAGCCCUCCGUCCGCUAGGCCCGCGGGAGUGAUGGCUGCAGGCCGGCACAGAGGUGCUGACCAGCGGCCUGCCACGUACCGUCAGGCUGGUGUUCAUUUUGCCAAAUACUUUAUAAUUAUGUAACCUAUAUUGUGUAAUAUUUAUAUUUUGUAUCUUAUAAGUGUACAGUUGUAAAUAGCUAGUCUCAUUAAUCAUGCAACAUUCAUAUAGACGCUUCAUAUUGUAAACUCCAAAAUGCCUCACCAUCCCCACAAAUGCUUCAAGACUGAAUAAAUGAGAAACGUGA